GAUGGUCUGUACAAAAUUUUAAUUUUGUCUGCACUUAAAUACUGACGUUGUACUGCAAAAACCGUUUUACGCUUCGCCGCGAACUUUUUUUUUCCGUGCAUUUUUCUUUUUCAGAAAUAAGUGUUACACGAGGAUGAGGAACUAUGUACGAAAAACUGACAGGGGAAAAACGCCUAGUGAGGUUAUCGAAAGAGCAAUUGAUGUUGUUCUUACAGAAGGAAGAGGAAUAACUGAGGUUGGAGAAAUGUUUCAGAUUCCCAGAAGAAGUCUUGCUAGAUACGUAGACAAGAAUAAGAAUGUGCUACCCUGUAAACAAAAAUAUGGUUAUUCAAAGAUUCGUCAGGUUUUCACAGAUGAGGAGGAGGCUAUACUAGUGAAAUAUUUGCAUCGAGCAGCAGAUAUUUAUUUUGGAUUGUCACCACUGGACGUUAGGAAACUAGCAUUUCAAUUGGCCACCAAAAUGAACAUCAAAAUUCCCUUGUCGUGGACUACAAAAUGCUUAGCUGGCCCUGACUGGUUUAGCUCAUUUCUUAAGAGACAUAAUACUUUGUCAAUUAGGAAACCCGAGGCUACCUCCUUGGCAAGAACAUCAUCUUUCAACAAACACAACUGUGACGCCUUUUUUGACAAUUACGAGAGAUUGUUGACAAGAGAAAACAUAUCACUUGAUUGUGUAUGGAAUAUGGACGAGACUGGUGUUACAACUGUCAUGCCACCUGAAAAGAUCGUUGGUCGACGUGGCUAA